GUGAAAUUCAUCGACAUGAGCCACCACCACAACGAUGACGCGAGCAUCCACAGCUUGAGCGACGACGGCGGAGCCGGCCGCAAGCGUGGAGCGCAUUGGAAUCACUACUCGGACGAUUUCUCUGACCCCAAGCGCAAGCGGUGCAAGUGCAACUACUGUGGUCAUGCUUUCUACGCCGACCCUCAACGCAUGCGUAACCACACCGAGACGUGCCGAGACGCUCCAGUCGGGGUAAAGUCUCCGUCGUUGUCGGCUGGUGCGUCGAAUGAUUCGACGUCGUUUUCGUCGAAUGAUCGGAUCAUUCCGGUGCAGCGUCUUGUCGCGUCCAGUCUCACAGACACUGCCACCGUCGUCAGGCCACUGCGCCCUGACGUAGCCCCUGGGACAAAGCCCAAGCGCAUUCUCGUGACAGGUGGCGCAGGCUUCCUCGGUCUUCACCUGUGCAAGCGUCUUCUCGAUAUGGGCCACGACGUGAUUUGCCUCGACAACCUCUUCACAAGCCAACGCAUCUCGUUGCGCGACCUGCAACGCUACGAGAACUUUGAGUUUGUGCGCCAUGACGUGACCGAGCCGUACUAUUGCGAAGUCGACGAGAUCUAUAACUUGGCGUGCCCAGCAUCCCCCGUGCACUAUCAGUACAACCCGAUCAAGACAACCAAGGUGUCGUUCCUCGGUGCGCUGCAUAUGCUCGGUCUUGCCAAGCGGUUGAAUGCCAAGGUGCUGCAGGCGUCGACGUCCGAAGUCUACGGCGACCCGGAGCAAUCGCCCCAACAAGAAAGUUACUUUGGUCAUGUCAACUGCAACGGUGUGCGAUCGUGCUACGACGAAGGCAAGCGCGUCGCUGAGACGCUCUUCUUUGAUUACGAGCGCAUGCACAACACGCAGAUCCGCGUCGCCCGCAUUUUCAACACGUACGGACCGGGGAUGCACCCCCACGACGGCCGCGUCGUGAGCAAUUUCAUUUUGCAAGCGCUGGCGAACGAACCGAUCACGAUCUAUGGCGAUGGGAGCCAAACACGCAGCUUCUGCUACGUCGAUGACCUUAUCGACGGGCUCAUCAUGUUUAUGGACAACCCGACGCACACCGGUCCCAUGAAUUUGGGUAACCCGUUCGAGAUCACGAUCCUCACGUUGGCGACCACAAUCAUCCGCAUGACGCAGUCGUCGUCGACUCUCGAGUUCCUCGAUCUCCCUGGCGACGAUCCCAAGCUCCGCCGCCCCGACAUCACCCUCGCCAAGUCUGUGUUGGAUUGGACGCCGUCUGUGCAGCUCGAAACUGGGCUCCAGCGCACGAUCGACUACUUUCGCAACUUGGACUUGACGCGGUAUACCAAGCCAACAUCCCACACAGCGCACCGCAGCACGGAAGCGCUCAAGGCGAAGAAAAAGGUCGACGUGUAAACUCGCCAACACACGAACGAGCUGCAUCGAAGCCUCUUUUGCUGUACACGUGAUAGAACCCAUUGUGGAGAGGACGUCGACCGAGAAUAAUGUGGUGUGCAUGGUCGUGGAAACGACUUUAAUCCAUCGAGUGAGUCACCUACUGCGCGUCCGAACGACUCUGGUCCGACGCUUCCGCCGCCUUGGCAGCUUCCGCCUCUGCUUCCCUGAUCUUUCGAAUGCCGGCGACACCGUCUCCUUGUCCGAUUUUGGC